UAUGGACCAAUAUUUUGUCAGUAAAAUAUAUACGUAUAUAUAUAAUAUAUUGAUUGUAGGUUGAGGGAAGACCGUAACAACAACAACAUAAGCUUCGUUUCCUCCCAGCUACCUGCUUAUUCCCAUUCUUUCAGCAGACACUACCCGGCUCUUUAUUUAAUAGAUCAUGGUCCAGGCGGAUGCCGCCUCGGAGACUCCGUCGUCAACUGGAGAUCCGGACUUGUCGUCGUUGGAGGUGAUCACUUUGUUUGGGAAAUACGAGCUGGGGAAGCUGCUUGGCUACGGUGCCUUCGCCAAGGUGUACCACGCCAGGAACUUACUUACGGGUCAGAGCGUGGCGAUCAAGGCGGUGAGCAAGCGCAAGAUUGUCAAGGGUGGUCUCGCUGAAAAUAUUAAGCGGGAGAUUUCCAUCAUGCGCAGGCUGCACCACCCCCACACCGUAAAGCUCUUCGAGGUCCUCGCCACCAAGUCCAAGAUCUUCUUCGUCAUGGAGUUAGCCAAAGGCGGCGAGCUCUUCGCCAAGAUAGCCAAUGGACGAUUCAGCGAGGAUCUCAGCCGUCGUUACUUCCAACAGCUUAUCUCCGCCGUCGGAUACUGCCACUCUCGAGGCGUCUUUCACCGGGACCUCAAGCCCGAGAAUCUCCUCCUCGACGAGAACUGGAACCUGAAGGUCUCCGAUUUUGGACUUAGCGCCGUCAACGACCAGGUCCAACCGGAUGGAAUGCUACACACCCUGUGCGGAACGCCGGCUUACGUCGCGCCAGAGAUUCUCUCCAAGAAAGGCUACGACGGUAAGAAGGCGGAUGUCUGGUCAUGUGGCGUCAUCCUGUACGUACUGAACGCAGGUUACCUGCCGUUUAGCGACCCCAACCUCAUGGUAAUGUACCGGAAGAUCAACAGGGGAGACUUUCGGUAUCCGAAAUGGACGUCUCCCGAUCUACGCCGCUUCAUCUCGCGCCUACUAGACCCUAAUCCGGAGACGAGGAUUACAGUCGAUGAGAUCGUCCGGGACCCUUGGUUCAAGAAAGGGUAUAAGGAGGUUGAGUUCCAAGUCGAGGAAGAUGACGGUUUUGCCCUGAAGGACCACGGGCACGACGAGAACUCCAAGUACGUUAACGCUUUCGAUCUGAUCUCGUUCUCGACCGGUUUCGACCUGUCCGGGUUGUUCAAUGACCCCGACACUUCGGUGGGCGGGGAGCGAUUCAUGUCGGAGGAAAGACCGGAGAGGAUAAUCCAGAGAAUCGGAGAGAUGGCUGAGACGGAGAAUGUAGUGGUGAGGAGAAAGGAUUGGGGAGCGAAGCUGGAGGGACAAAACGGCGAUCUGGUGGUGACAAUCCAGGUAUACCGUUUAACGGAGAGUCUGGUGGUGGUUGAGAUCCAGGGGAGGGAAAGAGCCGUUGGAUCUGGCCAACAAAUUUGGAAAGACAAGUUACGGCCACAGCUUGCUGAUUUGAUCUAUCAACAGUCAGUUGGCCGUGAUGAUCAGGGUUCUGCGUAAUUGACAUCAUAAAUCUAUCGGGAAGAUUAAUGUAAAAAGAAAGUUAAAAAAAAAAAAAUGUCCAACGUUCUUGUUUCUAACGUAAAUAUUUAAUAGAAUAGUUUGUGUUGUAUGAUUGUCA